AUGACAGAUAUUCUAUCUCAAUAUAAAGGGUCCACAAUCGAAGAUUUACCAACACCCAAUUUCAUUAUCGAUGAAGAAAAGUUCGAUAGGAAUUGCACAACAAUGCUGAACAACAUUGAAAAACUAAGCCAAGAAUGUGAUGUACCAAUCAAAUUUCGUGCUCACGUGAAGACUCAUAAGACUGCAAAGGGUACUUUCAAGCAACUGGGUCAUGGACUACCAUUAGCUAAGCGAAUUACAAGAGCUAUAUUAGUCUCAACUUUGAAGGAAGCAGUAGAGCUUUUAGAUUAUCAAGAUAGACAAUGUUUGGACUACAUUGAUGAUAUAUCAUAUAGUUUGCCCUGCUGCGUUUCAGAAUUCAUCCCUCUUUUGAGCAAUUUGUCUAGAAGAGUGAAUAAUUUCCAGGUUUUUGUGGAUAAUGUCGAGCAUUUAGAGAACUUAAAAAAGUUUGGGAAACCUGCUUCUGGCAAGAAAUGGUCAAUUUUCAUCAAAGUUGAUAUGGGGACUAACAGGGCAGGCCUUGCGUGUAAUUCUUCGGAAUUCUUGAGUCUUUUGAAAAGGCUGACCUCACCAGAUAUCAAAGAAGUAGUUGAACCUUAUGGUUUUUAUGCACAUGCCGGACACAGUUAUUCUUCAACCACAAUUAAUGAUACUCAGGCCCUUUUGAUGGAAGAAAUAAAAGCGGUCAAUUCUGCUGCGAAAGUUCUGUGUUCUGUGGAUCCUGAAUUCGAUGCUUCAGCGUUGACAUUAUCUGUAGGCGCCACACCAACUUCAAACUCGUUGAAGCUUGAUGAUAAAAGUACUCUUGUCAGAUUAAUCACUGCAGAAUUAAUUGGUAAGCUUGAAGUACAUUGCGGCAAUUACUGUAUGUAUGACCUGCAACAGGUGGCAACAGGAUGUGUCCAAGAUUACGAAUUGUCCGGUUUUGUACUCGGGACAGUGCUAUCAUCUUAUCCUUCAAGAGGCGAGUUGCUGAGUAAUACGGGCGUGAUGAGUCUAACAAGGGAAGCAUCCUCGAUAGAGGGAUUUGGUAUUUGCGUUGAUUUGAAACAAGUUUUGACAUCCAAAGAGUUUAGUAGGGAAUGGUAUGUUGCCAGGGUGUCUCAAGAACAUGGGAUCCUGAAGCCAAUCAGAAACUGGAGUGAAACUACUCUAUUAAAAUUGGGCACCAAAUUCGCCGUUCUUCCUCAGCAUGCUUGCAUCACAAUGGCUCAAUUUGAAUAUUACUUUGUUGUUAACAGUCAAGGUGUUGUCACUGAUGUUUGGGUUCCUUUUCAGAAAUGGUGA